CGCGCACACAUAGAUAUGUUCACACUCAUAUAGCUCGUGUACUUAUACAUAUAUACAUAUAUAUAUAUAUAUAUAUAUUAAUUUAUAGCUUUGCUAUUUAUCAAAGUUAUAUAUAAACAUAUAUACACAUAUAUACCAACUAUGUCUAGCCGAAGAUCACGUUCAAGACAAACGGGAGGUUCCAUGAUCACCGACGACCAAAUCAACGAUAUCGUCGUCCAGCUCCAUCGCAUCGUCCCGGAACUUGGUAACAGAAGGCCCUCCGACAAGGUUUCAGCGUCGAGGGCGUUGCAAGAGACGUGCAGCUAUAUAAGGAACCUGCACAAGGAAGUGGAUGACCUGAGUGAACGACUAACUCAACUUCUUGAAUCUGCGGAUUCAGCCCAAGCAGCCUUCAUUCGAAGUUUGCUUACCACUCCGUAGAAAGAAAACCGAUAACAGUACUGUUUUUUUUUUUAUGUGUUUCAUGUUUUUUUAGGGUUUUGCUUUUUGUCAGAUGGUGGAGACAGCAAGUUGUCUGUCAGAUUUGUCUUUUCUGGCUUAAGGAAUAUUAUAAAAUAGGAUCAAAACCCGAUUACUCUUUUUUUUUUAAUAAAUUACGUAAUAUGGUCCAUGUAGUAGGGUUAAACUAUUUAUAAUUAA